AGGUUGAAGUGAGCUUCUCUCUCAUCAAUAAUUGAAAGACUUGGGCAAAUGAAGUCAAGCACUAUUAACAUUAUCUUACCGACUCUAGUUGUGAACGUAAGGAAAAAACAGAGCAAAGCAUAAAGCAUAAGACACUUCACUCUUGAAGAUUGAUCAUUCCAUCGAAAUCUAGUUAAAGCGUCUGCUAGCUCUUAUCAUAAUUCCACAAUUCCAUUAUACCUGUAAGAGAGAUUUUUAGAGUUUCUUUUUAAUUGAAAGAAGAGAUGGUUAUUGAUGCAGUUCUUCGAGUUGUUCUUCAGAACAUCAACUCCCUACUUCAACAAGAAUUUGGUUUGGUAUGGGGAGUCGAUCAAGAGAUGAGAAGACUUUCUGACACCUUAGCUACAAUUCGAGAUGUGUUGGAAGAUGCUGAGAAGAAGCAAUUCAAGGAUAAGGCGAUCAAGAGUUGGUUAAAGAAACUCAAGGAUGCCGCUUAUGAUGCAGAUGACAUCUUAGAUGAGUGUGCAGCCAAAUCACUUCAAUUAGAAGACCAGAUGAGAAGCUGCGGCAACUGUACCAACCAGGUAAGUCACUCUUUCUUGUCUUGGUUCAAUUUUGAACAACUUGUGUUUCGGCUCAAGAUUGGACACAGAAUUAAAGAUAUUAGAGAGAGAUUUGAUGAUAUUGCUGAUGCGAGGGCCAAAUUUCAUUUGAACCCUCGGGGAAUUGUACUGGAAGGGUCGGUUGUUGAGAGCAGUGAACGAGAGACUAGCUCCAUUCUAACUACUGAACACCCAGUUUAUGGCAGAGAAGAGAUCAAAGAAGAGAUAGUUAAAGUAUUGGUGGACAACAUAAGCAACCCAAAUUUACUGGUUUAUCCAAUAAUCGGAAUGGGUGGUCUGGGGAAGACCACACUUGCUCAACUAGUCUACAAUGACGAAAGAGUGAAGAAUCAUUUUGAGUCCAGAAAUUGGGUUUGUGUGUCUGAUGAUUUUGAUGUAAAAAGGCUUACCAGAGCAAUCAUAGAAUCCAUUGAUCGAAAGGCCUGUGAUCUCACAGAGUUGGAUCCGAUGCAAAGCCGCCUUCGUGAGAUGUUGAGUGGAAAGAGAUAUUUGCUUGUACUAGAUGAUGUUUGGAGUGAAGAUCAGGAGAAGUGGGAGAGGGUGAAAUCUUCACUCACAUGUGGAAAUGAAGGAUGUGUAAUUCUUGUAACCACUCGUAUUGAAAAAGUAGCAUCAAUCAUGGGCACAUUCCCUGCCAACCAUUUGAAAGGACUCUCAGAGGAUGACUGUUGGGCUUUGUUUAAGCAACGUGCGUUUGGUAGCAGUGGCAGAGAGGAGCAGAAUGCUGCAAACUUGGUGAUGAUUGGUAAAGAGAUUGUAAAGAAGUGUGGAGGUUUACCUCUGGCUGCAAAGGCUCUAGGAGGCUUACUGCGCUUCAAACACUCGGAGACUGAAUGGCUUUUUGUGAGAGACAAUGAAAUUUGGGAUCUGCCAGAAGAUGAAGGAAAUACCAUUUUACCUGCCUUGAGACUCAGCUACAAUCAUCUGCCCUCACAUUUGAAGCAAUGUUUCGCUUAUUGCUCCAUAUUUCCAAAGGAUUAUGAGAUUGGAAAGGAAAAUUUAGUCGAUCUCUGGAUGGCUAAUGGUUUUAUUCCAUCUAAAGGUGAAAUGGAGUUGGAAGACAUUGGGAAUGAAAUUUUUAAUGAGUUACUAUGGAGGUCUUUCUUCCAAGAUGCAGAAAAAGAUGCUGGUGGCAAUGUAUUGAGAUGUAAGAUGCAUGAUCUAGUCCAUGAUCUUGCAUGUUUUGUUAUGGAUGAUGAAUGUUUAAACUUGGAACAGAUUAGCAAGAAAAAAAUUGUUCCAAAAGGGAUUCGGCACUUGUCAUUGGAGAGUUUAUUUGACUUCCCAUCCAUUAAUAUUGAGUCUUUACAUAAAUCUCAAACCAUACGUACCCUACUGCUGCUAGUUUCCUAUCGGACAGAAAUAGAUGAGUUAAACUUUUCAAAUCUUGGAUGCUUACGAGCGAUAGAUUUGAGUUGUUCAGAAUUUCGUAUUACCAGCCAGGUACUUUCUACAGUUGCCUGCUAUAUGAUACACCUGAGGUACUUGAACCUCUCCCACACUAAUAUUAGGACAUUACCAGAGUCCUUGAGGAACCUAAAACAUUUGCAAACAUUGAGACUACAACAUUGUUUUGAACUUCAAAAGCUGCCUGCACACUUGAGUACCAUGAGCAGCCUCAGGCACUUGGAUAUUGAGGGAUGUUACUCGCUAAGGCAUAUGCCAACCGGGAUAGGGCGGUUGAUUCACCUCCAGACAUUAAGCAUCUUCAUCGUGGGGAAGAAGAGUGGAUGCCAUAUCAGUGAGUUACAAGGACUGAACCUUGGAGGAAAUUUAUACAUAAAAUGUCUCGAGAACGUGAAGAAUUCAAUGGAUGCCAAAGAAGCCAAUUUGAUAAGAAAGAGAAACCUGGACUCUUUAACCCUGUCUUGGUCUUGGUCUCAGUCUCCGAACAUUGAUCAAGAGGUGCUAGAGGGCCUCCAGCCCCCGGCAAGCAUAAAAAGAUUGACAAUGGAAAGUUACCAGGGCAUGAAGUUUCCAAGUAAUUGGAUGGAGGAUUUGUCGCUCCAAAAUUUGGUCAAUGUCACACUUUUCAACUGUAAGAGAUGCGAACAACUCCCGCCUCUUGGGCAUCUGCCACUUCUUAAGUGUCUAUGGUUAAAUGAAAUGGAUUCUGUACGAUACUUAGGUGUUGAGUUUGACAGUGGUGAUGGCUUGGGUCAAGGAUUAUUCCCUUUGUUGAAAGACCUAUGCUUGCGUAAUAUGCCAAGUCUGGAAGUAUUGUUGUUGAAUGUUCGAGAAGGAAGAAAAGUGCUCCCUUGCCUUGUAACAAUGACAAUUACAAAGUGUGACAGGUUGACAACUCUCCCAUUGCUCCCGUCUCUUCAACAUUUAUCUCUAGAAGCAGUGGAAUAUGAAAACGUUCUAGAAGGGCUGCUACAAAACCGGAACCUCCCCGUUCUUCAGAAAUUGAGUUUUAGAAACUGCUCCAAGCUCAUCAAAUUUCCAAGGUUGUCUAUUAGCUCUCUUAAAUAUUUUGAGGUCAUCGAUUGCAGUAAUCUGAAAUAUUUGUGGGAGGAUGAGACCCAAUUCCAGGGAUUGAGCUCUGUAAAGACAUUGAAGAUUCAAUUCUGCGAAGGACUAGCAUCCUUGUCAGGGAUGAGAUAUUUAACAUCUCUCGAGCAUUUGGAGAUUAAAAAAUGCCCAAAUCUGGAACUCUCCCAAUUGGAGGAUUUUCGGCACCUCACUUCCCUUAAAGAACUAUCCAUUUCCUCCCUGCCUAAGUUGACGUCUUUGCCAGAGAACUUAAAACAUGCUACAAUGCUGCAAGAUUUACGUAUCAGAGGAUGUGGGUGGCCUGACGGCCUAAUUGGGUUGCCGGAGUGGAUCCACAAUCUCAUGUCUCUUCGAUUUAUAAAUAUCGUUGGGGUUUGUCAAAAUCUUACUUUUUUGCCAGAUGGUCUUCAACAAUUGACAGCCCUACAAAAUCUUGCAAUAAUAGAUUGCAAUGCUGUCUUGGAAACAAGAUGUAGAGAAGGAGGAGAAGACUGGCACAAAAUAUCCCACGUUCCGAAAGUUUACAUCAUAUCAUGGUCAACACCAACUCGCAUGAGACAAAACAAUGGAUGUUGGGGUCGUCUCUUGGAGUUGAGGAGGAGGUGAUAUUGAUGCAUUUUUAACAAUAAACAGGUAUUUUCUAAGGAUAUCGAAAUAAAGGAAACUCUACAGCCUACAUUAGGGAGAACAAACAUCUCACUAGUUGGCCUUUAUAGCUCCUACCUUCUAGAUGUUAUUUUGCGAUUUAAUGUUUGUGUUACUCUAAGUAUGUAAGUUGGUUUUCCAUUUUAAUGUUUGUGUUGUUACUCUUAAGUAUGUAAGUCGAUAAACAUUAAUAUUUAGGCUCAUGUCGUCAUUGCCCUACAAGCUAUGCAAAUUGGUAGAGGUUAUUUU